AUGACUUCGCUCACCCCACUCGACCGUAAGAAAGCCAAGUACGCUGCGAUGCGGCCCCCUCCACUUGCCAAAGAACUUGCCCUCAUGCAGUUCGCCGACGGCGGAAGCCGAACGAUAAUCCAAGGCCGCUGGGGGUAUGGUGUCAGCGACGUUUACCGCGAUGGUGAUGGAGAUACUGAGGAGUGGGAGUACGCCCACCUUGCAGGCGGUUCGGAGACAGGCGAGCUGCAGUGGGUCACUUUCGGUGGAGGGAGCUCACCCUCUGCACUCCAGGUGGCGUCGACGGUGAAGAACGUAUUGACGGAGGACUCGGAUCUCAGAUCUCAACGUUCAACCCCCCAUUGCAUCGCCCAACCAACCGACCAUCUCGACGUGGAUGAUCUUGCUACAUUCGGCAGUGCAGUGUCCUCGCUGGAUUUGCUAAGGCCGGUCAUGUCCGUUCUCGCACUUCCCUCGCGGCCUCGUCCGACUGCCAAGAAUCUUCGCAAACCAGACUACUUUCUUGACGUCGCAUUCCCUCGUGUCUCGCUGUCCCCUUGCAGCCCCAAGUUCGGUUCUUCGGCGUUCAUUGGUGUCGGGAAGAUUAAACGUUCUACUCCCCUUAAACUGAUGCCAUCGAGUCCGCUCCUCGAGAGGCGGUCCAACUCGCCAGGCGAAACCGACAGGGAGCGCAAGGAAUUUUUAUCUUCGCCCUUCGAUCAUCCUAUCCCCGCCACACCAACCCUGCGGCAAACCAUGUUGAGUCUGCCGCUGAACAAGGUGGUAGGAAAGAAGUCAUCGAUACUGGCGAUGAUGGGCUUCUUCAAGCCCUCCAGGAAGGACACGCAGUGUCUUAUGCACUGAGCGAGUUCACUUCAUUACGCUUAUCACUUAUUCGUGAUUGUCAUGUUUGUGACGUUGGCCCGUCCUGAAGCUUCUGAACUUCCUGAACUUUUUUCCGCCGCAAGAAUUGUGUAUCAUGAUCUCUUCGCGAUCACGUUGUAAAUCACUCGUAAUCUACUGUUGGAUUCGUCACUCUAUAUCAUAGAUAUUAUACCGUAUCUGUACCUUCUAUACAAUGCUUACUUGCUAGAGUUGUAAUAAUUACUAGUUGUUUCAAACAUCCUGAUCUAGUGCGGGUCUACUCGAGAACUUGAAGCUUCCAGAGCUACGGGAUGUAAAUCUUCACAUCAAUCAGUUUCAUCUCGAGUCCAUCUCAACUCUAGCGAGAACAUCGUUGACUUCAUUCAAGGUCACUAACGGGCAGGCAGGCGAGGCUAUCCUACACUUCUGCGAUAUGUAAAU